AUGGUCAUCCAACUUGACAGACAUGUGACUAUCAAGACAAAAGGCCAAAUGUCACAGAAAGUGUUUACGUAUGUUCAGCGUGAAACUAAAAGGGAAUACCUACAACUCUUCUUUCAUGUGACUACCAUGACCUGGUUAAACAGGAACAAACAAAAGAAAAAGGGUCACAAUGAGUAUUCGAAAACCAUGCAAUACAAACUACUUAUCACAAUAAUCACCCUGCUCCUGAUGACAAGUGUUUAUUUCUCGGUGUACACGUCGCAGACAGUAGGUACUUUUAAACCGGCAAUCCCAAAAAUGAAAGUUUCAAACAGUUCUAAAGUACUCCGUACUCUUUACCAACCAGUAGUACACACCGACGAAGACUAUGAAUUAAAGCAAAGCGACAGUGAGUGGAAUAUGUCUGCUGCAUUUGAAGGAAGUCGUGGUAAAACGAGUGCUAUAAAAUCUAAUCUGGUGUUCUUGAGUGACCUCAAUUCCAUUCAUAGAGGGGAUAUUAUUACAUUACAGAUCCAUGCCCGUGACGAUAAUGGUCGUGAACGUGUAUUUGGAGGAGAUAUUUGGCGAGUUGAUAUAUAUAAUACCAAAAUUAAAUUCGCAUCUACUUGUAUGAAUAAAAUCAUUGACCACGACAACGGAAGUUAUACCGCACAUGUGUAUGCAGGCAAGUCUGGGAAUAUGCAAUUACGAGUUUCGUUGGUCGCGCAAAGAGAAGCGGUUGAAUUCGUUAAAAGUGUAGUAUGGCCAUCAGAACCACGAAUAACAUGGCGGGGUAUAUUUGCGAAGGGUGAUUUUAAUGAAUCAAGUUAUUGUUUCCUAAUGAGAAAUGGAGUUUGGAAAAACAAAUGUGAAUUCCCUCACGCAAAGGCAUUGGGAAAAACGACAUUCCUUUGCGAACCACCAACUGUUUUAGAUUGUAAAGAUCUCAUACAAGUUACGAACGGCCCUGGUCCAAUUGAACAAGAAUACGUCGAGUUGCGAAAUUUAAAAACACAAGAAAGGAAAAAUAAAUAUUUAUUUAAAAGUGUAAAUUCGAUUAUGGCUAAUGUUCCGGGUCAGAUAGUCAUACAUGGUCGCAAGGCAUCUGACUAUGAGUUGUACUCAGUGCCUCAGUGUAAUGCGGACAUUCAAGAACCUGUGAGCGAUGGUUACUGGCUUGGUUCUAUAUGGCACUCGCUCGUUUGUCAAGACAGACAGUGGAAUGACGUCACAGAGAUACAACAGUGUCUACGAGGUAAAGAUGUGUAUUUCCAUGGCGACUCCACAAUGCGGCAGUGGUAUCAUAAGAUGCUGCAGAUGGCUGGAGUAAAAGUCGAUGCUAACAAUUGGAGAGACAAACCUGAAUCGAUACCUGGACAGUUUGUGGUCAGUGGAGACGAUCCUUACGCGAUGAUGGUUACGAACGUUAGAGAUGACAUCAACUUUACGUUCAACUGUCAUGCCAUAUCACGUCACAGAACACAUAUACCGAUUCACCGUUUCAAGUUCAUGGCCGAUAUUUUAGAUUCUAUGCGUACUCCAAAAUGCAACUACGUGUUUGUGUUCAGUCUAUGGUCACACUUUCACUGGUGGGCACUCGACAGCUACACCGAAAGACUUGUGAAUAUUAGGAAAGCUGUAGAAAGGCUUAGAAAACGUUGUCCCAAUUCAAUUAUGGCCGUUAAAGGCGCUCAUUAUAGAGGUGGCUCGCCGUAUUUGGACGUAAUGUACUAUAACAUGAAUCGUAUCAUGAAGGAGAUAUUCAAAGACCAGGGAAUAUUUUUCAUCAAUAUUUGGGAUAUGAAUUUAUCAUACUCGAUAGCAAAGAAAACCCCAUAUAGCAUCCAUAUGCCUAUAGAUUUAAUACAACAGGAGAUGCUAAAAACCAAACAACAAUAUGACAGCAGUUGCUUGCUUGACAGAGAUUGUUUGAAGUAUAUUUAUAUGCCACUGUUAGAAAAAGAACUUGAGUCCUUUGCAGACGAAUGGAAUUCACACAGAAUACGAAAACAUAAAGGACAAUUGAGACCAAAUGGCGUUCCAGAGGAUUUGUACAAAUUUCCUGAAUUGUGUGGAGGAACCGACAUGGGUUACGCAGUGAGUGAAGAAGAUCUUCGGUCCAUUGCAGAAGAAAAAAGAGUUGGCGUGCCACUCCCGGACUAUAUAUCCAAGAGUUUAGAGCAGCCGCUGAUGCUGAAUGUCUGA